CUCGGGUGUAACCGAUCCGCGGGCGUGGAGCUGGAACGGCUUGGAUAUAAGGUGCGGGCGUCCCAGCCAGGUCGCCCACGUUGCCACAAGCACUCACAACACCGCCCACGCCCUCUCGUCAGCCGCAAGCGCCCAUCUAGUCAGCAGGAUGCACCCACCAGGCACCAAAGGCGGCUACCCCAGCACCGGUGGCUACACCACGGGGUACUCUACAGGGUACACCAGCGGGUACACCAGCGGGUACAGUGGCCAGCAGAUGCAGCAGAUGCAGCAGAUGCAGCAGAACCAGCAGAUGCCGCCACCCGUCCCUCCUUUUUCCCGCCCGCGCCCAUCCUACCCACCCAAGCAUGAGCACGAGUACGAGGAGGAACGGCGCUAUGGGCGUGGGCGUGAGAGGUACCACUCGCGGGAGGUGGCCAUGAGGGCGUGCUUCGAUAUGAUGAGACGCCGUUAUAACGAGAUGCCCGCCGACCCCGCCCAGAAUUACCCCACCCACACCCACCCCAUGGGCGUGCCUGCAGAUAUCCUCCGCGUGGACUACGUCGACUUCCGCCCACAGGAGAACGCAAAGGACCACCGUACUUUCCAUUACGAGUUGGUUCAGGACCACGACCGCCCAACGCCCGUGUUCAGGAGAGGGCAGGCCUUCUACAUGUCUCUGGUGACCCGCGAGCGCGACUUCGACUGCACCCGCGACAACCUCUACCUGAACUUCUACUUCGGCCCCAACCCUUCCGUGCCCAAGCGGACCCGCAUCGUCCUGCCCGUGACCAUCCAGAAGGAGUUCUCGAAGGCGCCCCAGAAGUGGGACUGCCGCAUCCACGCCCAGGACUCGCGCAACCUCACGCUGCAGGUGCACAUCCCUGCCACCUGCCCCGUGGGUGUGUGGCGCUGUGUGGUGGAAACUGCCACCAGGAACUACCCCAAGGCGAGGACCCAGUACCGUGCUCCCGAGGACAUGUUCGUCAUCUUCAACCCCUUCUGCAGAGACGACGCCGUGUACAUGGAGAACGAUGCUCAGCGUAGCGAGUUCGUGAUGAAUGACACUGGCAAGGUGUACAUGGGCGGCUCCAAGAACACCCACGGCCGCCCAUGGGUGUACGGCCAGUUCGACGACUGCGUCCUGCCAGCUGCUUGCGUCCUGCUGGAGAUGUCUCGCCUGACCCAUGCUGAGAGAGGCAACCCCGUGAAGGUGUCCCGUGCCCUCUGCGCCAUGAUACAGUCCUCAAGGAACCACCGUCGGGACUACGAGGACACGGACGGCAUGCUCGAACCCUACUACGAGGACGACCAUCGCGGCGGCCAGAACCCCCACCUCUGGACCGGUUCUGUCAAAAUCAUCGAGGAGUUCCUGUGGCAGGGGGCGACGCCUGUCAAGUUCGGCCACUGCUGGGUCAUGUCGGCUCUGCUCACGACGUUCCUGCGUACCCUGGGUAUGAGCGCUCGCCCAACCACGGUCAUCACGUCAGCACACGAGACCCAGGAUACCCUCACUAUCGACCGUUAUGUGGAUCGCUUCGGUGACAUCAUCGAGCGUGGUCCCGGCCGUGAUCAGCCUGACGCCGUGUGGGCUUUCCAUACCUGGUGUGACGUUUGGAUGACCCGACCUGACCUCCCUUCAGGCUACUCGGGCUGGCAGGCACUCGACCCCGCCCGCUCUUACUUCAGGGACAGGUACUCCAACGGCUGUGGCCCAUCAUCUGCCGAGGCGGUGAAGAAGGGAGACGUUGGCUACUCCUACGAGACCUCCGCCCUCUUCUCCGCCCUCAACACCUUCGUCAGAUACUUCUACGAGGACGACGACUCCGAGUGGGGCUACACGCACUACAGGCAGUACAGGUUCCCAAUGUGCAGGUCGAUAAUGACCAAGGCCGUAGGGCGGCACGACGACGACGGCGAAGGUGACUGCGAAGACGUUACCAAGACGUACAAGGACAUGGAGAGGUCCGAGCCCGAGAGAUUCACCGUCUUCAACGCCUGUCGGGGUAUGAGGAAGGACCACGUCUACUACGGGAGUGAGUGGGGGGGGGCAGUGAGUGGGGAUGAGGGAGACCAGGGGAGCUAUGACGUCACCUUUGAGCUCGUGGAUCCGCAGCGUGUGGCCGCUGGGCAGAGCAUGACAGUCACUUUGCAGGUCCACAACAACUCCAGCGAGACACACGUCCAGGCGACGAUUUCGACAAGGAGCGCCUUCUACACCGGGGUCAUGGGCGCCCACCUGAAGCGCGUCACCGGCCAGUUCACCCUCGCGGGCGGCCAGCGUGACACCCUCACCCUCAGACUGGACGCCUCCGAGUACCAGGACCGCCUCGUGGACAUGGGCUUCAUCAAGGUCACGGCCUCGGGCUUCGUGAACGAGAACAAGCAGUCGUACAUCGAUGAGCACGACUUCCAGUUCGAGAAGCCAAGGAUGAGCAUCGAGGUCGCCGAGUGCCAGGUCGGCCAGGAGUGCACCGCAACCUUCUCCUUCAGCAACCCCCUGGACGUCCCCCUGACGGACUGCUUCUUCAGCAUGGAGGUCGGCGGCGCCUGCAGGCCCAGGACCAUGCGCGUCAACCGCGAGGUCCGGCCAAGGGAGACCUUCACCUACACACAGACCUUCGUUCCUCGCCGCUCCGGGGACCGCCGCCUCGUCGCCGCCUUCACCUCCAGGCAGCUCCACGACAUCACCGGCUCUCGCAAGCUGACCAUCCGCGACUAGACGGCCUUCCGGCGGCGCGACACCGAGGAGAAGGAAGAGGUCUCGCUGGUGUGGAUCUGCCCUCUCUUCUUUUCUCUGAUGUUCCUUUUCUCAACACCCCCUCCAACCCCCACCCCCACCCACCCCAUCACACCCCUCCCCCUUGGAAGCAGCCUGAUGAGAGCGAGGUAAGCGAGAACCAUCACACACGCGACGAAACGAGGGCGAGAACCAUUCAGACGAAGGGGAAACGCAAACAAACAAGCAAGCAAACAUUUCAAGAAGAAAAACCAGCGUCGACGCCCGACCUGCGUCCCGAAGACAGACGCUGACGAAGACGCAGCAGCAGCAGCAGCAGUAGACAGAAGAAAAAAAAACAAAACAAAUGAUGACGAAAAUAAACGAAACGGGGGGAGAAGAACGAAGACAAAAACAUAAAAAUAAACCGAAAAAAAAACAUAUACCCAAAAAAAAAUGAAUCAAAGAAAAGAACACAAGCAGACAAGUGUGAAGCCCUAUGAACACGCAGCACAAAGUCUCCUGCAGGACCAUACGAGGGACUUACCGACACGCCAUCACAUCAGCGCCAAGGCCACGAACCGACACCCAGCAGCUGUGCGCGAAAGAAAGAAAGAAAGAGGAAGGGAAAGAGAAGAAAGCAGGCGAGACAGAGAGAAGAGAGAAAGACCAAAGGGAAGACGAGUGCGAGAGGCAGAGAGAAGAGCAAGAGAGAGAGAGGGAAAGAGACGAGAUGAAGAGAUGCGAAGGGGGAAUAACGAAACCGCGGAAGAACGAAGGAUAGGGAAGAGAGAAAGAAGGAAAGAGGCAGAGAGAAGAAGCAGAAAGAAGAACAAGAGUGAGCAAGUGUAAGACCACGUAAUAUUCAGCGAUAAAAAAACGAAUAGCAAUUUCAAUAAGGCCUAUAGCUGUUAAAAAAAAAAAAAAAAAAAAAAAAAAAAAACAUCGACACACUGAGGUUUUAGAAAGGGACCUAACAAACAUAUAAACACACAAAAAAACAUUAAAAAAUACAAAAAAAAAAUCACAAAUAGGUAUACACAUCUAACUCUUGACAAACGACAUUUCUGUAAAAUUUGAGUUUCAUCGUCAGAAAAGAUGCUUGGUGCAUUACUUACUUAGAGAAAUAGAUGAUGAAUACACUAAUUUACAGCUGUAGUUAUUUUUUAUCUUUUUUUCUUAAUUUUUUGGGAUCUUAGCGCACCAUAGACAGACAAAAGGGGAAACGAAUAGGCCUUUUUUUAUCAUUAUAACACACUGGUACUGUCAACACCGAACAUAAUCGCGCUUAAGGGAUAACUUUUUGUGAAUAACAACAUCUCCUAUUUUUCCAACUCGUACGUGUAGGUAUACUUCAUUUUACUCUUCCACAAUUAAAAAAAAAAAAACGAAAAAAAUAUAAUAAACGAGAAUAUAUACAUUAUAUAUAUACAACAAGACAUAACACAAAACAAGAAUACUAGUGUAUUGAUAAUUAUUGCGAAAAGAAAAGUUGACGACUCUACGCAUGAUAUUGGACACGGGCAGUCUCGAAUCGUUUUCUUUCAAGCACAGCCUUACUUCAUAGAAAAUGGUCACAGUUUAGAGCAUGUACUUAGGUAUUCACACGUUAAUCACUAAAUUCAAUAUUGUCAUGUAGAUACCGGAAGCUUGGAGAUAUGGCUAUGGGGACGUUGAUCUUGUGCUGCCUCUGAAGGAAAACAAACAAAACUUUUCAGGAAAAAAAAGGGAAAAUAUGAGCCUGCUCGGCAUUUUCAUUGUUGUUAUUGUCCUUUUCAGAAUGUCAUAUAUAUAUAUAUCUUUUUUUAUAUAGAUAUAAUAUACACUGCCUUCCCAUGGAGACCCCAUAUCUCCGAUCCCCAUAGUUAAGUAUGUGGCGGUUUUCAAAGUAGAAUUACAAUGUAAAGUGGUUGUGGGACGGUAGAUAUACGCCAAACGAUAGCAUCUUAAACUGUUUCUCGAACAAUGGUUUAAAAAAAACAAAAAA